GACACAAGUGAUCUUGAAGCAGGCCAAAACCAACACGCAGACUGGUUUCACUUGAAACUGGAACGUGAGGAAUACUAAAAUGUCCAGCACAAGUCUUUUAACGCGAACCCUGCUAACAGAAGCUCCCCGAUCGAAGAAUCGUUCGAUCUUCACUCUUAUCCUGGGCCUUGUGGUGGGGUAUUGUUUGGCCCAGUUAUUUGCAAGUAUUGUGCCACACGAAAGUUUAUACCCAUAUCUGAGUAGAAGACUGCGACUCCACAGCGAUCCCCAGCUCGAUCGAGAGCCGGCCAAGGCCGAGCAGGCUGAUCGUGAUGUAUUCCAGCAUCACUCCAAUGAGCACCGCGACGACAACUCCACGGUGGCCGAGCAGCUGAAGAAGGAGGUUCGCGUCCUCUGCUGGGUUAUGACAAAUCCCACGAACCACAAGAAGAAGGCGCGUCAUGUGAAGCGGACCUGGGGCAAGAGGUGCAACAUUCUGCUCUUCAUGAGCUCCGGCCAAGACGAUGAGCUGCCCACGGUCCGGCUAAAUGUGGGAGAAGGUCGAGUGAAUCUGUGGGCCAAGGUCAAGCAGGCCUUUACAUACGUUUACCAGCACCAUUACAACGAUGCCGACUGGUUCUACAAAGCCGAUGACGACACCUAUGCUGUGAUUGAGAACUUACGCUAUAUGCUGUAUCCCUACGACCCCCAGACCCCCGUCCACUUUGGCUUCAAGUUCAAGCCGUUCGUCAAGCAGGGCUACAUGUCCGGCGGAGCUGGCUACGUUCUUAGCCGAGAGGCCCUCCGUCGGUUCGUGGUUGAGGGCAUACCGAAUCCUAAGAUGUGUCUGCCCGGCACUGUGGUAAAUGAGGAUAUCGAGAUCGGUCGAUGCAUGCAGAACUUAAAUGUUACGGCGGGCGAUUCCAGGGAUGCGAUGGGUCGUGGUCGUAUGUUCCCGUUUGUGCCAGAACAACAUUUGAUACCCGCCAAGUGGGAUAAGAACUAUUGGUACUGGAACUACAUAUAUUACAAGACAGAUGAUGGUCUCGAUUGCUGCUCAGAUCUUGCCAUAUCCUUUCACUAUGUUGCGCCCAAUCUGAUGUAUGUGCUGGACUAUCUGAUCUAUCACUUGAAGCCGUAUGGUCUACAGAGGUCACUGGAAAGCCUGCCCGCCAAGCUGCCAGUGGGUCAACUUCUUCCGGCUCCCGUUGAGCAACCAGCGGCCAGCAAUGAGGAUUCUGUGGAUGAUUACGAUAGGCUAGUUACCACAACCACUGCGGCGCCCAAGGAGCCAGAUGCUAGGGAAAUGGACUCUAGAGAGGUGGAGAAGGAAGAGGCUAGGUAUAGGAAACGGAUCUCGAAGGAAGCUACUUCUCGGGAUACCAGUGAAAACGACGAAAAUUCGGACUUAAGAGAUAAGGAGGCAAACGAUGAAGAGGACGAAAAAUCCAAAGAAUAAAGCAAACGGGAAUACUCGUCUAGUAGAUCA